AUGUGUUUCUCUCAAUAUCUUGGAUUCGCAUUGCUGGCCUUGGGCCCUGCACUAGCCCACGUGGCCAGUGUUCAUCCGCGAACCAGAGUCCAAUAUGGGAAAUUCGGCAUGGCACCCAAGGGCGAAAGGCUCGUAACAACCGUCUACAGCAACAGUAUCUUGGUAGCCAUCGUGGACUCCGCUGCCGGCGACGGAAACAAUGACAAGAUCUCUAUCGCCAUUCCAUACAGUUCUGGGAAUGCCGACUGGGAACCGAAACUGAAGACGCUCGAGGAACGGGUCGACGACGCCGGCUGGAAAAAGAAGAACACCAAAACGUAA